AUGGAGACCUGUGAACCUCGCCUAAGGUCUGUCAUCGGCAUCCUCGUGUUUUUACCUUGGUGCUUCUCGAUUAUCUCCCUCGGAGGUUACGGUUAUCUACUGAGGGACUGGCGGUGGCUUAUGUUCACUGUAUCUAUGCCGGGGCUCCUCUAUUUGCCUAUGCUAUGGCUAAUGGACGAAUCACCCAGGUGGCUCAUCGUCAGGGGCAGACACGCAGAGGCCCUUCGUGUACUGCGCCGAGCCUCACGUUGGAAUAAAGUUGAGCUUCCGUCGGAGGAACAUCUGUACGCGAUCAUGAAGGAGACGCAGGCGGAGGAAACCGAUUCCCAACGGCGUGAGGUUGAUCAUCCUCGUGGACUGAAGACUACCCUGAAAAACGUAGCCGAUGUAGUUGCCGUUCUGUUUAGAACCAGAAAGAUUCGAACGAUAACACUCUGCUUGUACGCCAACUUUUUCCUGGUGGAUUCUGUGUACUACGGUCUCUCUCUCGGAGGCGAUAGGUUCGGUGUUGAUCCUUAUGCCUACAUGGCCUUAGGAGGUGUGAUGGAGACACCGGCCAACAGCAUAACGAUUGCUUUGGUGGAGAAACUGGGAAGGAGGGCUUCGAAUAUCAUGUGUUUCGUUAUCAGCGGUGUUUCACUUCUGGCUCUCGGGGUUACGCCAUCAAGUAUUAGCUGGUUGGUGACGACGAUGAUAAUGAUAGGAAAACUGGCCAUCACCGCAGCCUAUAUGAUGCUCUACUUCCACGCGAACGAACUCUUUCCGACCGAGGUGCGACAGCGGGGUAUGAGCACGUGCGCGAUGGUGGGGAAAAUCGGCUCUGUAGCGGUGCCUUUCCUGGUGGAGAUUCUGGCUUCCAUCGGGUCGUGGGUGCCCCUCGUAACCUUCGGGGGAGCCUCGUUAGUAGCAGCUGGGAUCAUGACCAGGCUGCCGGAGACUCGAGGGGUUCCCAUGAAAGACACAGUUGCAGAGCUGGAGGAUUCGGGUGUCCAUCGACCACGCAGCAGCGUCACCUUCCUGGCUCCGAGUGAAGAAAAGAAGGACGGGUUCCUGGCUGUCCAUAGACGACCAUCAUAAUCCUCAGGGCACCAUUUAUAGGCCUACGUGAAGGAUUCGUGUUGAACGUAUUGUAAAUAAACCGACGAAGGGAUGGACACAAAAAAAAAUACACGAACAAGACGAAGGACUUUUUGCUAUAUUGCUCCUUCGUUGUUUUAUUUAUAAUAGGUUUACUUGUAUUACACUACUGUUUUAGUGAUUAUUUACCAUAUGAAACCUUUUUCUUUUGAUACUGUCUCUGAAGAAGUAGUCAAAUCAAAGGACCAUUGGCAUUUAAAUAUUUUUCCUCGAACUGAUCAUUGUUAAAAGUUUACAAAUCGUUCACUGUAAAUUCCUCAUUAUGAAUCGAGGCAACAGUACGAAGAGAACGACUGGAAGAUCCUCUCACUGCAAAAACCUCCCUAUAUUUCGACUCUUUCAGUGUUAUUUAAUGAUGUCCCCGAGUUAUAAGGCCUUAUCACACUAUUUUUUUCUCAGCUAUUUUUUUUUCUUAGCGAAAACAUUCCCCAAGAUUAUUGCAUAAC